CCCCGGAAUAUCCUGAAGAAUUCUGUAUAAUAACUAUCUCAGACGGAGGUCUUUCUGGUUCAUCGGAACCUUUCUGGCUGAAGGUUACAGUCAGCAAUAACAAUGAAGGCCAGCAGGAAGCUCAUCUGCAGACAAAGGCAAGUCCUUUUCUUCUUUCUCUUUUUUGGCUUAUCUCUGGCAGGCACAGAACCUAGGCGCUAUUCUGUGGUAGAGGAAACUGAGGGCCGUUCCUUUGUAACAAAUUUAGCAAAGGAUCUAGGUUUGGGGCAGAGGGAGCUCUCCAGGCGCAGGGCCAGAGUCAUUUCCAAAGGGAAUAAAUUGCAUUUACAGCUGGAUCAGGAGAAUGGGGAUUUGGUGCUACACGAGAAACUGGACCGUGAAGAGUUGUGCAGUCACACAGAGCCCUGUGUGCUGCGUUUCCAAGUAUUGCUAGAAAAUCCUUUAGAGUUUUUUCAAGCUGAGCUACAAGUAAUAGACAUAAAUGACCAUGCACCAGAGUUUCUAGACAGAGACGUGUUGCUAAAAAUAUCAGAGAGCAGUCCUCCUGGAGCAACAUUUCCUUUGAAGAGUGCCCGAGACAUGGAUGUGGGCCAAAAUAAUAUUGAGAGCUAUAUAAUAAGCCCCAAUGCCUACUUUCGGGUUCUCACCCGACAACGCAGUGAUGGUGGGAAAUAUCCUGAAUUAGUGAUGGACAAAGCACUAGAUCGUGAGAAGGAACCUGAGCUCAGGUUAAUGCUCACUGCUCAGGAUGGUGGCUCUCCACCCAGGACUGGUACUGCUCAGGUCUACAUAGAGGUCUUGGAUAUCAAUGAUAAUGCCCCUGAAUUUGAGCAGUCUUUGUACCAGGUGCAGAUCCCUGAAGACACUCCCAUUGGCUCUCUGAUUGUUACUGUCUCUGCUACAGAUAUAGAUUUAGGAAUAAAUGGUGAGGUUUCCUAUUCAAUUUUCCAGCCUUCAGAAGAGAUUGGCAAAACCUUUGAAAUUGACUCUAUAACUGGUGAAAUUCGACUGAAAAAACAACUUGAUUUUGAGAUAAUUCAGUCCUAUGAAGUCAAUAUUGAGGCUAAAGAUGCUGGCAGCUUUUCUGGGAAAUGCACUGUUGUCACACAAGUCAUAGAUGUGAAUGACAAUGUCCCAGAAAUUGCAAUGUCUGCAAUUACCAGACAGAUCCCUGAGAACUCUCCUGAGACAGUAGUGGCAGUUUUCAGUGUUUCAGAUAUUGAUUCAGAAGAGAACGGAAAAAUUAGUUGCUUCAUUCAAGAUGAUCUACCCUUUUUACUGAAAUCUUCCUUGGAAAACUUUUACACACUCCUAACAGAGAGACCCCUAGACAGAGAGAAUCAGGCAGAGUACAACAUCACCAUCACGGUGACAGACAUGGGCACCCCCAGGCUGCAAACACAGCACACCAUCACAGUGCUGGUGUCCGACGUGAACGACAACGCCCCCGCCUUCAGCCAGCCCUCCUACACCCUGCUGGUGGGCGAGAACAACAGCCCUGCACUGCACAUAGGCAGCGUGAGCGCUACUGACCCCGACGCAGGUAGCAAUGCCCAGGUGACCUACUCGCUGCUGCCUUCCCAAGACCCACAGCUGCCGCUCGCCUCGCUGGUGUCCAUCAACGCCGACAACGGGCAGCUGUUCGCGCUGCGCUCGCUGGACUUCGAGGCCGUGCGCACCUUCGAGUUCGGCGUGGGUGCGUGGGACCGCGGCUCGCCCGCGCUCAGCAGCCAGGCGCGGGUGCGUGUGCUGGUGCUGGACCGCAAUGACAACGCGCCCUUCGUGCUGUACCCGCUGCAGAAUGCGUCAGCGCCCAGCAGCGAGCUGGUGCCCAGGGCGGCAGAGGCGGGCUACCUGGUGACCAAGGUGGUGGCGGUGGACAGCGACUCGGGCCAGAACGCCUGGCUGUCGUUCCAGCUGCUCAAGGCCACGGAGCCCGGGCUCUUCAGCGUGUGGGCGCACAAUGGCGAGGUGCGCACUGCGCGGCCGCUCAGCGAGCGCGACGCGCCCAAGCACAGGCUGCUGGUGCUGGUCAGGGACAAUGGCGACCCGCCACUGUCGGCCAGCGUCACGCUGCACGUGCUGCUGGUGGACGGCUUCUCGCAGCCCUUCCUGCCGCUGCCCGACGCGCCGCCCGACGCGCCUCCCGAUGACCGCCUCACCGUCUACCUGGUGGUGGCUUUGGCCUGCGUGUCGUCGCUCUUCCUCUUCUCCGUGCUGGCCUUCGUGACCGUGCGCCUGUGCCGGCGGGCUGGCCCGCCCGCGGGGGCCCCCUACCCGCUGCCCGACGCGCACUUCCCGGGACACCUGCUGGACGUCAGUGGUGCUGGGACCCUGUCGCACAGCUACCAGUAUGAGGUGUGUCUGGCGGGGGGCGCUGGUACUAAUGAGUUUCAGUUCCUCAAGCCCAUUCUACCCAAUUUCCAGGGUCAUUCUCCUGGACCAGAAGUAGAAGAGAACCCUAACUUUCAGAGCGACUUCAAUUUCAGUAUUCAGUGACAAUAGGUUUCUUUCUCCCAUAAAGUU